UUACACGCAAGAAACCCAACAUUCAAAAAACCAUGUCCUGGUAAUCAGACACAAAUUUGUAGCCUGUUGCGUCCGAGUCCAAUUUACGGGUCUUUCUGGACUCGUUCGCUCAUCUAAUCAAAUUCCUAAAUUCCAUCAUUCUCCUUAAUUAAUCCAUUUAAUUCAAGCUCGUCAGUGGGAUUUGGUUGCUGGACCUUCUAUGAACUGUCAAUUUUUUGUGCUGAAAUAGUUCUCAUACAACUCCAAACAUGAGUUUUGUUUUCCGAGGCGCUAGAGCAGAUAUAGAUCCUGGUUUUCCAGGAUUGAUCCCUGAGCGUCGUGCAGUGCGUGUCCAUGCAGCUCGGCCAGUUAAUACUAACUCACUAGCUUUUCUUGUCACGGUGCUCUUGCUGUUCAUGAUUCUAAAUUCUCAUCAAAUGUCACCAAACUUUCUGCUGUGGUUGGUGCUUGGUGUCUUCUUCAUGGCGACAACCCUUAGGAUGUAUGCAACCUGUCAGCAGCUUCAAGCCCAGGCACAAGCUCAUGCUGUUGCUGCCAGUGGCCUUCUUGGUCCUACAGAGUUGCGGUUGCAUAUGCCCCCAUCCAUAGCACUUGCAACCAGAGGACGGUUGCGGGGCCUCAGACUACAGCUUGCACUUCUUGACAGGGAAUUUGAUGACUUAGAUUAUGAAACGUUGAGGGCACUGGAUUCUGAUGAUGUUCCUACAACACCAUCUAUGACCGAGGAAGAGAUAAAUGCCCUUCCUGUUCACAAGUAUAAGUUUUCUGGACCCCAAAGUGCUGGUUCAUCAACACAACCGACAUCUUCUUCAGGGUCCACUGAGAAGCAGCAAGAACCUGCAAGUGCUGUAGGAGGUACAAAGAACUCAGACGACGAACUAACUUGUAGUGUCUGUUUGGAGCAAGUCAAUGACGGGGAACUCAUUCGUAGCUUGCCUUGCUUACAUCAGUUUCAUGCAAACUGCAUCGACCCAUGGCUACGGCAACGGGGAACUUGCCCUGUCUGCAAAUUUAGGGCCGGGUCCAGGUGGGAUGAGAAUGGACAGGGAGGAGAAGAUGCUUAUGAUAUGGUGUAGUUUCAACAUGGUGAUAGACAUCUGUAUAACAUAUUUGUAAAACCAACGUCGAUACACACAUACAUAUAUAUGUACCACAGAAGCCUGAAUCACCAAGAGUCUCUUAUGGCACUCUGUAAUUGUGCAAAGUAGCAGAAAUAUGUUACAUUGGUAAAUAUUAGCAUAGUCUUUAAUGUUAUCAGGAUACAUAGGUGAGAGUCCUCGAUCGAUGUCUCCGUGAAACACAGGUGCCUUUUGGCCUCUGCAGAUUAUUGUAUCUGUUUCCUCCCAUCAUGGUCCUGAAAAAUCGUUUCUGGAAACUUUAGCUGUAAUGGUUUUUUUUUAAUCAGACGUGGCUGUUUUUAUUAUCAAAUUAA